UCCUCAACGUCAGUCAAAGGACAAGCAGACAAAAUGCGUGAGUGUAUUUCUAUGCACGUCGGCCAAGCCGGAGCCCAGAUGGGCAAUGCCUGUUGGGAGCUGUACUGUCUAGAACAUGGUAUCCAGCCAGAUGGCCAGAUGCCUUCUGACAAGACUAUUGGAGGAGGAGAUGACUCCUUCAACACCUUCUUCAGUGAAACGGGGGCAGGGAAGCAUGUUCCUAGAGCCAUCUUUGUUGACUUGGAACCCACUGUCAUUGAUGAGGUGCGUACAGGAACCUACCGUCAGCUCUUUCACCCUGAGCAGCUAAUUACAGGAAAGGAGGAUGCUGCCAACAAUUAUGCCCGAGGACACUACACCAUCGGCAAGGAGAUUAUUGAUCUGGUUCUGGACAGGACUCGUAAACUGGCUGAUCAGUGCACUGGCCUGCAGGGGUUCCUCAUCUUCCACUCCUUUGGGGGAGGCACUGGCUCUGGUUUCACCUCCCUGCUAAUGGAGAGACUCUCAGUUGAUUAUGGGAAGAAAUCAAAACUUGAGUUUGCCGUCUACCCAGCCCCCCAGGUCUCCACAGCUGUAGUGGAGCCCUAUAACUCCAUCCUGACCACUCACACCACCCUGGAGCACUCUGACUGUGCCUUCAUGGUGGACAACGAAGCCAUCUAUGACAUCUGCCGCAGAAACCUUGAUAUUGAAAGGCCAACCUACACCAACCUGAACAGGCUCAUCGGCCAGAUUGUGUCUUCAAUCACAGCAUCACUUCGCUUUGAUGGAGCCCUGAAUGUUGACCUGACAGAGUUCCAGACCAACUUGGUGCCCUACCCUCGUAUCCACUUCCCUCUGGCCACCUAUGCCCCUGUCAUCUCUGCUGAGAAAGCCUACCAUGAGCAAUUGUCUGUUGCUGACAUCACCAAUGCCUGCUUUGAGCCAGCUAAUCAGAUGGUGAAGUGUGAUCCUCGUCAUGGCAAAUACAUGGCCUGCUGUCUGCUGUAUCGUGGUGAUGUGGUGCCCAAAGAUGUCAACUCUGCUAUUGCAGCCAUCAAGACAAAACGCACCAUCCAGUUUGUGGACUGGUGCCCCACAGGCUUCAAGGUGGGUAUCAACUACCAGCCCCCAACAGUGGUUCCUGGAGGAGACCUGGCCAAGGUUCAGAGGGCUGUGUGUAUGCUGAGCAACACCACAGCCAUCGCUGAGGCCUGGGCUCGUCUUGACCACAAGUUUGACCUUAUGUAUGCCAAGAGGGCCUUUGUCCACUGGUAUGUCGGGGAGGGAAUGGAGGAGGGAGAGUUCUCGGAGGCCAGAGAAGACAUGGCUGCCCUGGAGAAGGAUUAUGAAGAAGUGGGCACUGACAGUAUGGGAGAGGAGGAUGAAGAAGGAGAGGAGUAUUGAUGAGCGAAACACCAUCCAGGCUUUGCCAUCACACAUUUAUCAUGAACGUAAUACAUUCCCAACAUUCUGAUAACCUGUGGCUGUGAUGUCAGUCUUAAUAAAAUUUCUCAUCACAA